AUGCCACUUUGGCUCAUUUACCACCCUCCCGGCACUUUUGAGGACGCCAGCUCAAAGCAAGCCCUGACCAAGGACGUGAUGAAGAUAUACACUGGGAUCGGUCUUCCUCCUUUUUAUGUGGUUGUCAACUUUAUCAAACUCUCAACUGAAGAUAUCUGGGUUGGCGGGGAAAGAAGAACCGAGAACCCGUUUAUUCGGAUCUCAAUCGAACACAUUGCUGUUCGACUUGAAAAUGAUGACCACGCUUAUAAGCGCACCACCAACGCGAUUGCAAAGGCUUUGAAGCCCCAUGUUGCCGACAAGGGUUAUGACUGGGAGUUCCACAUCGACGAGACCGAAAGAAGACUAUGGAGGAUCAAUGGAAUGAUUCCUCCUCCGUUUGGGAGUGAGAUAGAGCAGCUGUGGACGACGGAAAAUAGACCAAGUCUAUAUGAUGGCGCCCACUAA